ACAAGGAAGGUGUUGAGUUAGUGGCGCCAUCUAGUGUAAAAUGCGUCUUGUAAACAUUAUGGCUGCGUAGCGUUUGAAAGAAGUUCGUGUAACUUUCGUCGAUUUUACUCAUUUUUUAACAGAAAAAUAUAGAAUUAAUUGUGUGCAAUGUUGAACCAGGUGUCUAUGGAAGCGGCGUGUGCCGCUCGGUACGUAGAAAAUUAUUUGGACUGCGUCGAAAACCUCCCCGACGACCUGCAACGUAUGAUCUCAAGGAUGAGGGAAUUGGAUGUGUAUUAUUUAGCAAGAAUAAGCGAAAUAGAACAUCACACUCAAGCAUGGAAAAGCAUUCCUGAUAUAGAUGUUGUGAAAAAAAGAAACACCUUAAUUCGUAUGCAAAGAACUUUAAUAAUAGCUCAAGAACUUGGUGAUGAAAAAAUGAGUUUAGUUCAGAGCAUCUUGGACAAAAUUGAAUCAAAAACUAGUCAAUUGGACCACGACUAUAAGUACCUAGACUUUGGCAAAGAUGAAACCCCCACGAAUGAUAACAAAGAGCAACAAUCUCCGUUAAAUAAUUCCACAAGUAAUACUUCAAUUAAUAACAGUGAACGUCCCAAUAAAAGAGCAAGAAGAACGCGUCAGGACACAUUUUCCGGGCUUGAAUCAAAUCAUAAUGAUAAUUCUGCUGAUCAUUUAUUAAGAAGUCAAUCUGCUAAUACGCCAGCGAGUCAAAAGAAAACAAACACUGGAACUGGAAAGAAAAAGAAACGAAAAUCAAGGCAAAAUCAACAAAGAGAAGAGUCCCCACCAAGGGAAGAAGAACCAGCAAUAGAUCCAGACGAACCAACGUAUUGUCUUUGUGAUCAAAUUUCAUUUGGUGAAAUGAUUAUGUGCGAUAACGAUUUGUGUCCAAUCGAAUGGUUUCAUUUUUCGUGUGUUACAUUAACAACGAAACCGAAAGGAAAAUGGUAUUGUCCAAAAUGUCGUGGGGAUAGGCCGAAUGUAAUGAAACCAAAAGCGCAAUUUUUGAAGGAAUUGGAAAAGUAUAAUCGAGAGAAAGAAGAGAAAACGUGAAAAAACUACAAUUUUAAGACAUUUAUUUUUUUUUUUGUAUUUGCUAAUGUUUGGUUGGAGCUAAUAUGCUAAAUAAAAUUAUAUUGCUAUUAUUA